AUGUCUCCAGGCAAUAAGAACCUGACGUUGAAGCUUGUGCCCUUCAAAGCCCACGUGAGUACAGACACUUCCAGCUCGAGAAAGGCAGACCCCAAAGGCCGGAGCGCACUGCUGGCUGACAUCCAGCAAGGAACUCGCCUACGAAAAGUCACGCAGAUCAACGACCGCAGUGCCCCACAAAUCGAGAGUUCUAAAGGACCCAACAACAAAGAAGGAGGAGGUUCCACAAACUCCCGAGGUGGAAGCACCCCCCCAGCCCUGGGAGAUCUGUUUGCUGGUGGCUUUCCUGUAUUGCGACCAGCAGGCCAGAGAGAUGCAGCAGGUGGCAAGACAGGGCAGGCCCCUGGCUCCCGCGCGCCUUCUCCCCGGCUUCCCACCAAAACUGUCAGCAGCCCGCUGAACCCCCCAGCAUCUCCCAGGCUAGGAAAUGCCUCCGAGGCGCACGGUGCUGCCAGGACAGUCCCUCCUCGGCCCAGCGUGCCUGCCCCGCCUCCUCCGACCCCGCCCCCACCUCCUCCACCCUUACCCCCACCCCUGCCCCCUUCCUCCCCCAUCAGAGUCAGCGAAGCCCCACCCCCGUUGCCCCCUAAGUCCCCCAGCUUCCAAGCGCAGCCACCGAAGCCCGGCUCGCAGGCCUUGCCGGCGCCGCCUGCCCCUCCGGGGUCACAGACAUUCCUGCAGAAGAAGAGGCCAGGCCGAGGCCCAGGGACCAGCGGAGGAAAACUGAAUCCGCCCCCGGCACCCCCUGCGAGAUCACCCACCACAGAGCUUUCAAGCAAAAGCCAGCAGGCCCCAGCCUGGACCCCGACACAGCAGCCCGGAGGACAGCUGCGGAAUGGAAGCCUGCACAUUAUCGAUGACUUUGAGUCUAAAUUCACAUUCCAUUCCGUGGAAGACUUCCCUCCUCCAGAUGAAUACAAACCAUGCCAGAAGGUUUACCCCAGCAAGAUCCCCAGAAGCCGUACACCUGGUCCCUGGCUCCACGCCGAAGCGGCACAAAGCUCCGAUGACAUCAAAGGCAGAAAUUCUCAGGUAACACGUCCCUCGGUCUCUGAAUGUAAAACCAGGAAUUCUUCUCAAGAAGCCCAGAGAUAUUGAGGCUGUGCUUUCUCCCCGACAGCUUUACACUUUGCCUCAGACACUUUCUCCUCAGGGAAAGCCACUGGGUGGACCUUUGUUUCCAGCGAGAAUGAAACACUCACAAUUUCAAAAUCUGAAGAAUGAAAGGGGGGAACUUCUCUGGAAUCACCGCCACAUACAGAAGCAAGUUUAAGGACCCGAGCCCCUUGAGAAUCACUGGGCAAUGGUCACCCUGCUCACUCCCCAUUCAUUCUUCCCUCGUUGUGAGAAGUCUGAGAGAAAAACUGUAACACAUAUAAGACGCAGUUCAGUGUUCUCGUCUCUAGGACACAUGGUUUCUUACGGCACCCCUGGGGAGUUUCCUGCAUCAACAUUAUUAUUUAUUUUGGCCACAUUUAGUCACAAUCCCGAUCCUGGUAGCGAGAGAAAAGCUGAGAGGGGCACCCAAUAGGUGCUUGUGUGAGAAGACACUCUUUGAAGUGUCCUCAUUCUCACGCGGGACAGCUGGGACAGUGUUUCCCGCCCUGGGCAGAGAUGGUGCCUCUCACUGCACGUGAUAGGGGCUCAUCUUAAAGCUGCCCUGCCGUUUCAGAGUUCUAUGUGACAAAGAGGGUGGCCCGCUGUUAAAUUAGGCCCCUCUGAAACUGCAUGGACCCUCAAGGAAAGUGACCCGAGAAGAAGAGGAAGCUGGGAUGAGUUCCUGGAAGGAGGACAAGCACCUGUCCCUUUUCUGCCACAGCUAAUCCAAGAAUUGCAAUAACCGUUCUCAGAUGAUCACAGGCUGAAAGCUGGGCAUAUGCUCGCGGUGAAGGGAGACA